ACAAAAAGUUGGACGUGUACUUAAGAAUAAAAAAUGUGGAUAAAAUCAAUAAUAAUUUGUGCAAUUGUGACCUUAGCCUCGGCUGGAAUAGCGAUGCGACCUUUGUACCCUAAGCCGGAUGAAUUCAAGAACCAGGAAGGUUGUUAUAUUCCGGAGCUGAACGCUGUGGUUCCCCUUGAUAACUUCUUGCCCGCUAAGGACCGAUGCAUGGGAUAUCAUUGCGAAACAUCGUCAGUCUUAUAUAAAACCUGUGCUGAAGUACUUACUGUAGCUGAUGAUGGUUUCUCAUAUAAGCUCGCCGAGGAAGAUCCUAGCAAGUCCUACCCAGGCUGCUGUCCCUAGUUGUGAAAAUAUACGAGUACAAUGUCUUCUCUAUAUUCUAGUUAAGCCUAUUGUCUACUUUAAAACUGAGAUUUAUAAUACGAUCUAUGACUUCAACUAA